AUGCCUCGUUAUUGCGCUUCAUGUGGACGUAACUUCGAUAAGUCAGCCUACUCCAAAACGCAAUGGUCCAAAGGAGACGGGGUAUCUCGUUGCUCGGGCUGCGUCCAUGGACGUGGAGGCAGUAAUAGCUCCAGCACGAAUGCAACUAUCGAUGCUUCGCAGACGGCGAGGCUGAACAACGCCAGCAGAGCCAGCUUCGAAAAUCAAGCUCUCGACAACCCGUUCGCCUCGGGAAGCUUUCGUUGGGUAGCAAAGGGUGUAUACACCGAAGGAAACCGUGCUGGUGAAGCAUGUGUAUGCAAAUGGUUCAAAACUGGAGGGGUGAUGGAAUCUCACUUCUACGACACAGACAUUGCAGCCUCGAAAGAAGCAAUCUUCCUGAUUACCAAGUUCAAUUCAAAAGGAUGCAUUAACAAAAUUGUCAAAGUCAACCUUCCUGAGGUAUGGAGCUUCAAUCAAUGCACCCGACAAGAUUUCGCUGGGCGUAAAGUUCUACAGGAGCCUUUCAUUACCAAUUAUCAAAAGUUCAACUCCAACACUGGUUGGGCGGACGACAGCCUACCUUGGCCUAGGGUGAUGCAAGCUCUCUCGCACUUUACUUACCACAUUUCGAAUGGACAGAAGCUUUUGUGCGAUCUACAAGGUGGCGUUUACACUGACGGAGUGGUGCUGACAGAUCCUGUAGUCAUGUCCACCACACGGGAGUAUGGACCUACCGAUCUUGGAUCAAAUGGGAUUAGCAGCUUUUUCGCGCAUCAUGUAUGCAACGAAUUUUGUCAGUCAGCGUGGCGACGGCCUCGCGAUCAAAGCGCCUACUUCCACCGAUCUGCAGGAACUACAAUGGAACAAGUGCCAACCCGCAACUCCCGGGCACCCAUGUCGAGGCAGUUCUAG